GUCGGUCUCCUCAAUCUUUGGAUGAUACUGAUGAUGAACCGUAGAAAAACAAAUAACACCUUUCGAAGUUACAUUUUCCUGCUUGUUGGUUUUUUUUUGUCGAUGGAUGUUGGUUUAGGACAAAACCAAACAAGUGAAAUCAAAGUAGGGGUAGUUCUUGAUCUCAAUACAACAUUUUCCAAGAUCUGCCUCACUUCUAUUAACAUGUCGUUGUCGGAUUUCUACAAGGAUCAUCCUAGUUACCGCACAAGAAUUACGCUUCAUGUUAGAGAUUCCAUGGAAGAUACGGUUCAGGCUUCAGCUGCAGCCUUGGACCUAAUCAAGAACGAGCAAGUGAGCGCCAUCAUCGGACCAAAAAACUCUAUGCAAGCAGAGUUUAUGAUUAGACUGGCCAACAAAACUCAAGUACCGACCAUCACAUUCUCAGCAACAAGCCCUCUUUUGACAUCCAUCAAAAGCCCUUACUUUGUCCGAGCCACUCUCGACGACUCAUCCCAGGUCAAAGCCAUUGCCGCCAUUGUCAAAUCCUAUAGCUGGAGAAGCGUCGUCGCCAUUUAUGAGGACAACGAGUUAGGUAAAGGACUCAUGCCUUUCUUGUCUGACGCUUUACAAAACGUGGAAGUCAACAAAAGUGCCAUUGCUACGGAGGCUAACGAUAGUCAAAUUCAAAAUGAACUCCGUAAGCUUAUGGGGAGGCAAACGAGAGUAUUUGUUGUCCACAUGGAAUCAAGUCUGGCUUUACGUGUUUUUCAAAAAGCUAGAGAGAUCGGGAUGAUGGAGGAAGGGUAUGUAUGGUUAAUAACCAAUGAAAUGACACAUAUGAUGAGACAUAUCGACCAUGGUCAUAACUUAAAUACUAUAGAGGGCGUCUUAGGUGUGAGGAGCCAUGUCCCCAAAUCGAAAGAGCUUGAAGAUUUCCAAUUGAGAUGGGAAAGAUCGUUCGAGAAAGAGAAAACAUCCACGAGGGAUCAACUACACAUAUUUGCAUUAUGGGCUUAUGAUUCAAUGACUGCAUUGGCCUUGGCCGUGGAGAAAACCAAUUUUGAUAGCUUACAGUACGAUAAUGGAAGCGUCUCGUCAAAGAACAUGACAGAUUUGGGGAACGUAGGAGUCUCUCCCUACGGUCCAGGUCUUCAAAAGGCUCUUUGGGAAGUAAGUUUCAAGGGUUUAGCAGGAGACUUUAAUCUUACGGACGGGCAGCUCGAGUCACCAAAGUUUGAGAUCAUCAAUUUUGUUGGAAAUAAAGAGAGGAUAAUUGGAUUUGUGAAAGCUAAUUCAGACAAAACAAAGUUGGGACCGGUGAUAUGGCCAGGGAAGUCAAAAACCGAUCCGAAAGGAUGGGAGAUUCCAAGGAAGAAACUUACAGUGGGCGUUCCAAUGAAGAAAGGCUUCUUUGAUUUUGUGGAGGUAAUCAAAGAUCCUACUACAAACAUAACAACCGCAAAGGGUUACGCCAUAGACAUCUUUGAAGCUGCUCUUAAGAAGUUGUCAUAUUCAGUCAGUCUUGAAUACAUCAGUUUAGAAUCCCCAAUUGACUAUAACAAUUUGGUCUGCCAAGUAUAUAACAAGACAUGGGAUGCAGUUGUUGGAGAUGUAACCAUCACAGCGAACAGGUCUUUGUAUGUUGACUUCACAUUACCGUACACAGAGUCUGGAGUAUCUAUGAUGGUGCCGGUGAGAGACAAUGAGAAUAAUAACACAUGGGUGUUCCUUAAACCUUGGAGCUUAGGCUUAUGGGUCACUACUUGUUGUUUUCUCGUCCUCAUUGGUUUCGUUGUGUGGUUGUUCGAACAUAGAAUCAACACAGACUUCCGUGGACCGCCUCACCACCAGAUUGGCACAAGUUUUUGGUUCUCUUUCUCCACCAUGGUUUUUGCCAACCGUGAGAAGGUAGUAAGCAAUUUAGCAAGGUUUGUGAUGGUUGUGUGGUGCUUUGUGAUGCUUGUUCUCACUCAGAGCUACACAGCUAAUCUCACUUCUUUCUUGAUGGCACAACGUUUCCAUCCAGCGGCCAUAACUGUGAACGAUCUCAUCAAAAAUAAGGAUUAUGUAGGGUACCAAGGCGGUACUUUUGUUAAAGAUAUUCUAUUAGAUUUGGGAUUUCAUAUAAAUAAUCUUAAACCUUUUUAUUCUUCCAAAGAAGCCGAUGAACUUUUGUCCAAGGGGAGAUCAAAUGGUAUAGCAGCAGCUUUCGAUGAAGUGGCUUACCUUAAUGCUAUUCUUCCUCAGUCGUGCUCCAAAUAUGCCAUGGUUGAACCUACAUUUAAGACUGCUGGUUUUGGCUUUGCCUUCCCCAAGAAUUCACCUUUGACAGGAGAUAUCUCAACAGCUAUCUUAGAUGUGACUGAAGGAGAUGAAAUGCAAGAAAUCGAAAACAAAUGGUUCCGGAAGAAGAAUGAUUGUCCUGAUCCAAAUACCGCUCUUACAUCCAACAGUCUCAGCCUCCGUAACCUAUGGGGUCUGUUUCUAAUAGCAGGCACUGCUUCAUUAUUGGCAUUACUCAUCUUCGUUGUCCUUUACUUGAAUGAACAUAGGCACACACUAUGUGAUGAUUCCGAAGGCUCCUCGUGGAGAAAGCUAAAGGUUUUGUUCAGAACCUUCGAUGAGAAAGACUUAAAGUCCCAUACUUUCAAGAAAACUAAUGUUCAUAAUGUGAGUUCACCGAUGACUGAUCACUACAUUCAGAGCCCUUCAACUGUGCAAAUCACACCACGGCCACCAAGUCUUUCACUAAAUAUGGAGUUUGAGCUUAGAAGGAUUUUCUUGUACCCCGAGCGAAGAACGCUUCACUAUGCAACCGAUGUAUCAUGAAGAUGGAGAAUCUGAUAUUAAAUGUGGCGCUGAACAAUAAAGAGAUGUUUUAGAAAACUCGAUACGUUAUAUAUAGCUCAAAAUUUCAUCUAUUUAUCAAAAGAAAAAGAAAGAAAAAAUUAUAGAUUCUUAAGUGAAAGUUAAUAUAUUAUCUGCUUAUCCUAAAGCUACUAGCUCAAGCCACAAUGUUUCAUCUAUGGUACUGCCUCACCAAACCAUUUUCAAGCUGAUUCAAAAAGAUAUUCGGAAUUCAAUCUUUCCUCGAAGACGAAGGAAACAU